AUGGAUUUGGAACUUGGUGAUGGAAGCAACUUCACAAUCAUAUCUGAUAGGAAAAAGGGUUUGUUGAAAGCUGUUCAUCUAGAGCUCCCUAAUGCAGAACAUAGAAUGUGUGCUAGACACAUUCUUGGGAAUUGGAAGAGAGAUAGCCAUGACCCGCAGCUAGAGAGAUUAUUCUGGAAAAUAGCUCGCAGUUACACUUUAGGAGACUUUCGUGAGCAAAUGAAUGAGCUUCAGAGGUACAAUCCUGUGGCGCAUCAAAACCUUCAAGUCACCAACCCUCAGACUUGGUCGCGAGCUUUCUUUAAGGUUGGUUCAUGUUGCAAUGAUAAUCUGAACAACCUCAAUGAAUCUUUCAAUAAAAAAAUCCGUGAGGCUAGGCGAAAACCACUUCUCGAGCUGCUAGAGGAAAUUAGGAGACAAUGCAUGGUUCACACAACAAAACGGUCUAUAAUUUCUAAUAGGUUGAAGACUAGAUUCACUAAACGAGCUCAUGUUGCAAUAGAAUCUGCUAUAGCUAAGGGUCAGGCUUGUAUUAGAUAUAUGGCUACAGGUAAUGUCUUCGAAAUUGAUGACCAUGGCUGCUAUUAUAGUGUUGAUAUGAAUCUGAAAACUUGUGGUUGUGGGAUGUGGCAACUAAAUGGAAUUCCAUGUAAUCAUGCCGCUUGUGUGAUCUCCGCAAAGAAGCAGAAAGCGGAUGACUACGUUUCAGAUUACUACACUACUAUAAGAUGGAGAAAGACUUAUGAGCAUAGUAUAAGGCCUGUUGAAGGGAUGAAGUUGUGGCCGACGUUGAACAGGCUACCUGUCUUGCCUCCACAAAAUAGGUUAGGUAAUAGAGGAAGGCCGAGUAAUUAUGCUAGAAAGAAAAGCGCCAAUGAAUCAUCUUCACAGUCAACAAGUACGACUAGGCUAAGUCGUGAUAAGCGCAUUAUGACUUGCUCAAACUGCAUAGAAGAAGGACAUACCAAAGUUAGUUGUUCAAAUCCAAGGGUCGAACCCGAGCCUAAACGGCCACGAGGUCGGCCAAGGAAAGAUCAGGGGGGUCACAGCUUGGUUCACAAGGAGGAUCACAGCUUGGUUCACAAGUUGGAUCACAGCUUGGAUAAUUAA